CGCCAAGAUGAUGCGAAUGAAUGGCAAAGGGAGAAGCGCAAGAUCGCGUCGGUCGACGACGAGAUCGAGAGCGUGAACACGCUGCUUCAAGGCGACACAACCGCGCGCGAGUCGUGGCAGAUUGGCAAGCGGCUCAAGACGCUCAUCGAUGCGCACCCGGGCAUGACGGACGAGCAGAUGGGCAACACGCUCUGCAUGUGGGGCACGGCGAUUUCGCGCAUUGCGACCGAGAACGACGACGCGACGCUCGCCGAGGCCGCCGUCGACAAGUUUGAACAAGCACUCCAGCUCCUCGGCAAGGACGAGAUGGGGCCGUAUGGCAUGGCGCUCUACGGCAGUACGUCGAUGAUUGUCGCGACGGAGAAACAAGACCGCCAAGUCCUGGAGGCAGCGCUGCAACAAUUUCAGAUGGCCGUCGACAUGGACACACCCGAAGCAUUCGAGUCCCACUUCCAGUACGCCAAGGCGCUCAAGGAAGGCUCGCACCUUGUGCAGCACCUUCUCGAGAAUGGCGCCGACGAGGACGAGACGCUGCAGUCGCCCCGGCAGCUCCAAGAAAAGGCGCUCGGUAUUUGCAAGCAUCUUCUUCAGCACCACGCCGAUGUACUUGGCCAACCCACGACGUCGUCCGACGAUGUGCUCGCCAGCGCCGCGGCUGGCGAUGACGAAGAAGAAGACUGCGUCACGACCGAAGACAUGUCGGAGGUCAUUUUGCUCCAAGCGCAGCUCAUGGCGUUGCUGUCGGUGGACGACCCGAUGACGAUCUUUACCACGUUCAAGCAGUCGUACGACAUUUUCGGCGACAACUACAACGCGCUCAUUGAAAUGAACGCGUUCCUGAUUCAAGUGCCGAAGGGCGAGGAUGCCAUGACGUGGGUCGACCACCUCGCCUUUGUCGCGACCGAGUUCAAAAAGGUCCUGCUCUCGAUCGAGUUUGAUACGACCAAAUGCGAUCACGUGAUUCGCUUCUGCAUGGAGGACGAGCUCGACGCCUUCGACGAGCGCGCGCCCAAGCUCCUCGACUGUCUUGGCCGGAACCUCCUCGAGCAACUCAAGUGCCAUCGCGAGAAGCAGGACGCGCUCGCCGCCGAAACCAUCUUGACGCUGCGCACGGCGCACCACCUGCACGACCAGUUCGGUUGCUAUCCCCUCGCGACGCUAUUCGCUCACCCGCUCUACGUGAACGCCGCGGAGUGUCAUACGUGGAUGGAGACGUGCGAAAGCUACGGCGUUCUCGACGAAGAGUUCAACGCGGCUGAGUUUGCAUCCAUGGAGAGCGAGGUGUGGUACCAGCAGUUUGUUGCUGGCGGAAAGCUCAAGCCCACUGAAGCCACCGUCGUCGAGUAA